GGUAGUACCAGCUGCUUUCUGCAUUAUUCAUUCUUUUAAAACUUCUUUACAGUAGGUGUAUUGGUAUAUAACGUGUUAUUUCUUUAGAUAUUUUCCCAUUCUCGCCAAACAGUAACUUUUCGAGCAGAAAACACAAUUGAUGCGGUUAAGGUGUAGAUUUAAUAAGCUACUGGUCUAUGCUACAUUUGUGUAUGCAAGUUGGACCAGCUACCUAAUAACAGGAUAUGGAAUUAAUGAGCAGCUGUGGUUUGAGGUCCUAUUCCCAGAGAACGUAGCAUAUACAUAUAGAAUCAAAUCUGCCCGGGAUUUUGGUGCCGUUCUUUCCCAGCCCCUACAGCAAGUCAACCUUGUACCUGUGGUACCAGCUGAGGCCUGUGGACAGUUGCUUGACAAUGGCCAUCUUCUGCAGAAUCAAGUGGCUCUCAUUACACGAGGGGGUUGUUCAUUUGUAACAAAAGCCAUUCAUGCUGAACUAUAUGGAGCAGCAGCUGUUAUAAUUUCUGAUCACAACUUUGACUCGGUGACACAAUGGGUUGAUAUGAUUGACGAUGGAUCUAAUAGAGGAAGAUUAGUUGGAAUUCCUGCCUUCUAUUUACUUGGAAAAGAUGGAAAUAUGAUACGUGAAGCUGUGUCAGGAAAAAACGCGGCCGCUGCCAUUAUAAAUUUACCUGUUAACUAUACCACCACUGCUUCUGGUUCGCUGCACCAGCCACCUUGGGACCAUUGGUGAAAUUACCUUACUAGCUAAAUUCUCAGGCGUUUAUUUAUUCUGUAUGUAUGUCAUAUGUCAUGCUUAUCAUAGUUUAUUCUAGCCACUGUUUAUUUGUCGCAUUGUAUAUGAACAUGCGUUUUUAUUCAGAUUCCGAAUUUAUUACUGUUUAAUAUGUUUUAGCUCUACCAUGAAAUCUUUAGUAUGGUGUUUUCAGUAGGUUUGGUUUAUUGUAGCAACACCUCUUUAUGUAAAGUAAAGCAAUUGAAUUCUGGGUUGGAUUUCAGCAUGUUGUUAUGGUAGCUAUUAGACCGUAAUCCCAGGGUAAAAUAAUUAUAUUUGCGAUGUUAAAAAACGUAUAGUUCCAUGUGCACUGGUGUUGAAAAUCCAGCCCUUAAAUGAACCAAGAAUGUCUUGCUGUGUAAUUGCUUGUAGAAUCUUGUUAACUUGUGCCAAGCUAUAGUGAAAGCAGCCAAGUACUAUUCCUAUGCCUUAUUGUAGUGCAAUUGAUCAUUCAGUUAAAUUGUUCAUAAGAACUAUACCUUUUAGUCAUUACUAGGAGCAAAUACAUUUCUUAUCAUUAAAACUGACUUUUGACA